CACAACUGAUUCAAAUAUCCUACACCCGCCUACACCGUAUCACUUCCUUGUCCCCUCCCUUUUUUUUUCCUCUUCCCCGUGUGUUAAGGUUUUAGGCUUAUAGCAUAUUCUCUUUCUCUCUCUAAACCAGUAACAGUGAAACCUCCUCCCGACGAAUGGCAGAGGAGCCGCAUGAUAGCGCUGCGCCCGAUACCGUCGCCAAGGAAGCAGCGGAAGCGACGGCGUCUGCGGAAGAUAUCGAGUCACAAAUUACCACCGCCAUGCGCUCUCGUGUUGGCCACUUUAAGGAACAAGCCGAUUCGUUGACAUUCGAGGGAGUUCGGAGAUUGUUAGAGAAAGACUUGGGGCUAGAGACGUUUGCAUUGGACGUUCACAAGAGAUUCGUCAAGCAAUGCCUGUUAAAGUGUUUAGAUGGUAGCAAUGAUGAUGAUGGCUCCAAGAGUUCUGGUGAAACUGUGGAGAAAAAUGUAAGUACAACCACUGAAGGAACAGAAUCACGCAAAGGACGACAACCAAAGAAAGAUGAAAAGGAUGCUGGCUCUGAAAAUGAAGAGAAAUCGGAAGACUCUCCUGUUUUGGGCCUUCUGUCUGGACAUAAAACUACGAAAACUGACAACACCGAAACUGAGAAUAUAGAAAAUAAAGAAGUUUCUGAGAGUAUAAUAAAGAAAGCUAUCAGAAAAAGAGUUUCAUAUGUUGAAGCUAAUUCAGACAAAGUCACAAUGGCUGGACUUCGUCGACUUUUGGAAGAAGAUCUUGAAAUUGAUAAAUAUACACUUGAUCCAUACAAGAAGUUUAUAACUGAACAAUUAGAUGAGGUAUUAAAGUCUCGUGAAGUUUCUGCACCUGCAAGUGAGGUUAAGAAAAGGAAUCCCAAGAAAAGUUCUCAGAGCAAAGCUUCUAAAAAGGCCAGCAAGAAAGUGAGUUCGGCUUCAUCAGGAAGCAAGAGUGAUGAAGAGGAGGAACACAAAGAUGAAGACGAAGAAGAUGUAGGAGAAGAAGAGGAAGAAGAGGUAGUGAAACCCAAAAAGAAGAUUGCCCCAAAAGGGAAGAUUAAGGACUCUGAAGGGCUUAAAAAACGGAAAAUACCUAAAAAAGAGGCAGAGAUGCCUAGCAAGAAGAGAAGCAAGCACACAGAAUCAAUGUCAGAUGAUAAUAGCGAUGAAGAAGACAGUGGGAGUAUCUCUGAUGAUGGUCGCUCUCAAUCAUCCACUGCAAAGGCAGUGAAGAGAAAAGAAACUUUUGCUUCAGUAUAUGGGAAACAUGUGGAACACCUAAAGUCAGUUAUCAAGUCAUGUGGGAUGAGUGUUCCUCCCUCAAUCUACAAGAGAGUCAAACAGGUAUCUGAGAAUAAACGGGAAGCCCAACUAAUAAAGGAACUAGAAGAGAUUCUUUCUAAGGAAGGAUUGUCUGCAAAUCCUUCAGAAAAAGAAAUCAAGGAAGUGAGGAAGAGAAAAGAAAGAGCAAAAGAACUUGAAGGGAUUGACACGAGUAAUAUUGUGUCAAAUUCACGUAGAAGAUCUACAACCAGUUUUAUAGCUCCACCAAAGCCCAAAAUACCAGAUGUGAGUGAUGAUGAUGAAAGUGAAGAAAGUGAUGAGGAUGACGAUGAUGAUGAUGAAGAAGAUGAAGAUAAUGAUAAUGAAGAUGCUGAUGGUGAUGGCAACAGCCAAAGUGAAGAAUCAGAUGAAGAAGACGAUGAUGGCAGUGAUUGAAUCCUGCAUGAUAUAAACUUGCAAGGCGAUAGCUGGCUCAUUGACUGUUAGAUUAUGAUGCUGUGUUAUGUAUCUCAAAUUUAUUUUCUUAUUAAUAUUUCCUAGUUUAUACUUGGUAUGGAAGUUGAUAGUCCUUCAUAGAGAAAAUUUUGCUUUUAUCUUCAUUGAUUAGGAUGUUUUGUAUUGUUGACUAAUGCAGGGACUUUAGGUUAUUUUUAGGCUAUGGAGUUUUCUAUGUUAUAAUGUAACAUUGCAUUUGGUUUCCAAUGUGAAAAAGGCAUGGUGCUGUUUAUCCCCUCAUUCAGGCCAUCACCUUUAGAACACACUGUUAAAUGGACAUAGGUUG